UCUGCAGAAACCAGCAGUGCAGCAAAUACUUAUUCCAUCCCCCGGUGGAUUCUGGCAAGUACAGCCCCGCUUUCAUGGACAGGAGCAGUCCAGAAUGUUUUUGGUGGAAAGAGGGAGAAAAUCCAGAAAACAACAACAAGCAAACUGCAGGGUUUGUUCUCCCGGGAUGCAAACAGACUACUCUGGACCAGGCGGGAAGGAAGAUCUCGCCUUGACUUGAGAUCUACAAAGGAGGCAGGACCUGAUGCAAGAUCCAGGCAUUUUUUUCUUUGAACUGUUUUGAGACCCAAGAGCUGUUUAUGACCACCUUUCCCCUUAAAAACAGCCGUGGCCAUGCAAUCAGGGAGAGUCCAAAUAAAAGAGGAGCCUUCCGUCAGAGAGUACAAGUGUAUGGGAUCUUCUUGUUGAGCAAAAUUGAAUCCUGUCUCUUUUUCAAUCAAUCAAUCAAUGUUUAUUUAUAUAGCCCCAAAUCACAAAUGUCUCAAAGGACUGCACAAAUCAUUACGACUACAACAUCCUCGGAAGAACCCACAAAAGGGCAAGGAAAACUCACACCCAGUGGGCAGGGAGAAUUCACAUUCAGUGGGACGCCAGUGACAAUGCUGACUAUGAGAAACCUUGGAGAGGACCUCAGAUGUGGGCAACCCCCCCCCCUCUAGGGGACCGAAAGCAAUGGAUGUCGAGCGGGUCUAACAUGAUACUGUGAAAGUUCAAUCCAUAGUGGCUCCAAGACAGCAGUGAGAGUCCCGUCCACAGGAAACCAUCUCAAGCGGAUCAGCAGCGUAGAGAUGUCCCCAACCGAUACAGCGAGCGGUCCAUCCUGGGUCCCGACGAGCGGUCCAUCCUGGGUCUCGACUCUGGACAGUCAGUACUUCAUCCAUGGUCAUUAAUUCCUUGCUUCUUGUCUGUUUAAUAGAUGUCAUCGGGGUUUGAACCUGACAUCCUUGUCAUGAUAUUAAUAUCAAUACAUAUCGUCUGCAUGGCUGUUUCCAUAUUUUCAUUCAUUCAUGUAUUUCAGGCCCCUGUUCUCCAUUCAGUGGUUAAUACGUCACUUUGUUUUGUUCCAGGAUUAUAGUACACAUGUUGUAUCAUAGUGGUAUUACCACAGUUAUUACACUGUAAUAGGCUCGUACAACAUACCGGUACUAGUAUAGUAUCGCGGUACUAAUGAAUCAAAAACGGUACUAUAAUCUGUUUGAAAAGGACCGGUUCUCGGGCAUGACGAGCGCGUGGUGACGUGGCUGGUUUUACAAGUGCAGGAGCAUGUUCGGCAGCGCGCGCGCACAGAGUACUUACAAGCAGACACAAAUAAAGUACAUUUAUUUGAGGAAUAGCUAAACAUGCCUCACUACACACCAUAGGAGGAUACAAUAGCUCACCGGCGUCACAAUGUGAACAAACGCCGUGGGUGGAUCCACACCUGACGUCCACUAUAAUGAUACCAAGUACAAUUAGUCGAUACUACUAUGAUUACAUCAAUAUGUUUUAUCGUCACAAAAUCUAUGCUUAUAAAGUCAGUAAAUACGUCCCUGGACACAUGAGGACUUUGAAUAUGACUAAUGUAUGAUCCCGUAACUACUUGGUAUCGGAUCCAUACCUAAAUGUGUGGUAUCAUCCGAAACUAAUGUAAAGUAUCAAAGAAGAGAAGAAUAAGUGAUUAUUACAUUUGAACAGAAGUGUAGAUAGAACAUGUUCAAACAGAAAAGAGCGCGACACCUACCCUUUACAUCAAUAUUUCUUAACCAUAUUAUUGUUGGUUCAUUAGGUAUUAUAUUUUAUUUUACGAUCCUAUCAAUACUUGGUAUCGGAUCGAUACCUAAAUGUGUGGUAUCACCUGAAACUAAUGCAAAGUAUCAAAGAAGAGAAGAAUAAGUGAUUAUUACAUUUUAACAGAAGUGUAGACAGAACAUGUUCAAACAGAAAACAGCGCGACACCUACCCUUUAUAUCAGUAUUUCUAAACCAUAUUAAUAUUGGUUUAUCAGGUAUUUUAUUUUAUUGUACGAUACUGUAACUGCUUGGUAUCGGAUCGAUGCCUAAAUGUGUGGUAUCAUCCAAAACUAAUGUCAAGUAUCAAAGAAGAGAAGAAUAAGUGAUUAUUACAUUUCAACAGAAAUGUAGACAGAACAUGUUCAAACAGAAAAGAGCGCGACACCUACCCUUUACAUCAGUAUUUCUAAACCAUAUUAAUAUUGGUUUAUCAGGUAUUAUAUUUUAUUGUACGAUACUGUAACUGCUUGGUAUCGGAUCGAUGCCUAAAUGUGUGGUAUCAUUCAAAACUAAUGUCAAGUAUCAAAGAAGAGAAGAAUAAGUGAUUAUUACAUUUCAACAGAAGUAUAGACAGAAAAUGUUCAAACAGAAAAGAGCGCGAGACCUACCCUUUACAUCAGUAUUUCUAAACCAUAUUAAUAUUGGUUUAUCAGGUAUUAUAUUUUAUUGUACGAUCCUGCAACUGCUUGGUAUCGGAUCGAUGCCUAAAUGUGUGGUAUCAUCCAAAACUAAUGUCAAGUAUCAAAGAAGAGAAGAAUAAGUGAUUAUUACAUUUGAACAGAAGUGUAGAUAGAACAUGUUCAAACAGAAAAGAGCGCGGCACCUACCCUUUACAUCAGUAUUUCUAUACCAUAUUAAUAUUGGUUUAUUAGGUAUUAUAUUUUAUUGUACGAUCCUGUAACUGCUUGGUAUCGGAUCGAUGCCUAAAUGUGUGGUAUCAUCCAAAACUAAUGUCAAGUAUCAAAGAAGAGAAGAAUAAGUGAUUAUUACAUUUCAACAGAAAUGUAGACAGAACAUGUUCAAACAGAAAAGAGCGCGACACCUACCCUUUACAUCAGUAUUUCUAAACCAUAUUAAUAUUGGUUUAUCAGGUAUUAUAUUUUAUUGUACGAUACUGUAACUGCUUGGUAUCGGAUCGAUGCCUAAAUGUGUGGUAUCAUCCAAAACUAAUGUCAAGUAUCAAAGAAGAGAAGAAUAAGUGAUUAUUACAUUUUAACAGACGUGUAGACAGAACAUGUUCAAACAGAAAACAGCGCGACACCUACCCUUUACAUCAGUAUUUCUAUACCAUAUUAAUAUUGGUUUAUUAGGUAUUAUAUUUUAUUGUACGAUCCUGUAACUGCUUGGUAUCGGAUCGAUGCCUAAAUGUGUGGUAUCAUCCAAAACUAAUGUCAAGUAUCAAAGAAGAGAAGAAUAAGUGAUUAUUACAUUUGAACAGACGUGUAGACAGAACAUGUUCAAACAGAAAACAGCGCGACACCUACCCUUUACAUCAGUAUUUCUAUACCAUAUUAAUAUUGGUUUAUUAGGUAUUAUAUUUUAUUGUACGAUCCUGUAACUGCUUGGUAUCGGAUCGAUGCCUAAAUGUGUGGUAUCAUCCAAAACUAAUGUCAAGUAUCAAAGAAGAGAAGAAUAAGUGAUUAUUACAUUUCAACAGAAAUGUAGACAGAACAUGUUCAAACAGAAAAGAGCGCGACACCUACCCUUUACAUCAGUAUUUCUUAACCAUAUUAUUAUUGAUUUAUUAGGUAUUAUAUUUUACGAUCCUAUCAAUACUUGAUAUCAGAUCGAUACCUAAAUGUGUGGUAUCAUCCGAAACUAAUGUAAAGUAUCAAAGAAGAGAAGAAUAAGUGAUUAUUACAUUUUAACCGAAGUGUAGACAGAACAUGUUCAAACAGAAAACAGCGCGACACCUACCCUUUAUAUCAGUAUUUCUAAACCAUAUUAAUAUUGGUUUAUCAGGUAUUAUAUUUUAUUGUACGAUACUGUAACUGCUUGGUAUCGGAUCGAUGCCUAAAUGUGUGGUAUCAUCCGAAACUAAUGUCAAGUAUCAAAGAAGAGAAGAAUAAGUGAUUAUUACAUUUUAACAGAAGUGUAGACAGAACAUGUUCAAACAGAAAACAGCGCGACACCUACCCUUUACAUCAGUAUUUCUUAACCACAUUAUUAUUGAUUUAUUAGGUAUUAUAUUUUACGAUCCUAUCAAUACUUGAUAUCGGAUCGAUACCUAAAUGUGUGGUAUCAUCCAAAACUAAUGUCAAGUAUCAAAGAAGAGAAUAAUAAGUGAUUAUUACAUUUGAACAGAAGUGUAGAUAGAACAUGUUCAAACAGAAAACAGCGCGACACCUACCCUUUACAUCAGUAUUUCUUCACCAUAUUAUUAUUGGUUUAUUAGGUAUCAUAUUUUAUUGUAUGAUCCUGUAACUACUUGGUAUCGGAUCGAUACCUAAAUGUGUGGUAUCAUCCCAAACUAAUGUCAAGUAUCAAAGAAGAGAAGAAUAAGUGAUUAUUACAUUUUAACAGAAGUGUAGAUAGAACAUGUUCAAACAGAAAAGAGUGCGACACCUACCCUUUACAUCAGUAUUUCUUAACCAUAUUAGUAUUGGUUUAUUAGGUAUUAUAUUUUAUUUUACGAUCCUAUCAAUACUUGGUAUCGGAUCGAUACCUAAAUGUGUGGUAUCACCUGAAACUAAUGCAAAGUAUCAAAGGAGAGAAGAAUAAGUGAUUAUUACAUUUGAACAGAAGUGUAGAUAGAACAUGUUCAAACAGAAAAAUAAGCAGAUAUUAACAGUAAAUAAACAAGUGGAUUAAUAAUCAUUUUUUACAGUUUGUCCCUCAUAAUGUGUAUAAAAUAAUAGGUGUCUAAAUGACCCAAUAUGUUACUGCAGACUAAUUAGGAGUCGUUGUUUGUUUACUUACUACUAAAAGACAAGUUGUCUAGUAUGUUCAACAUUUUAUUGCAGGACUAAAUGACAAUAAUAAACUUAUGUUUCAUCUACACUAACAUUUUUUUUUGUUCUAAUAAAGACAAUAACGACAUUUUUUGUGGCUCCCUUUAUUUAGAAAAGUAUUGAAAAGUAUGGAAAUAUAUGGGGUGAGUUUUUCCUUGCCCGUAUGUGGCUUGUGCAGCCCUUUGAGACACUUGCGAUUUUGGGCUAUAUAAGUAAACAUUGAUUGAUUGAUUGAUUGAUUGGUUGAUCGGGACAAUUGUGCACUUGUAACAAUAAUUUGUAGCAACAAUGCAGGCAGAACAAACAAUACCAACAAUAUUAAUAGCGGGAAAGAAACAUUGAGCAAGUGGAAUUAAAGAACUUCAUUUCUACAUUUUGGUCUCCAUAUUGCUGGAAGAUGCACGGUGUUUUCUGGCCGACAUUUCCCGCCGAUGCUGGAGAGCAGCACGCUGGAACCCACGACGGAGCAAUUAAGGAAGCGCAGAAAUGCCAACUGUCAUGUUCCAGCCAAAGGCGGACAUGCCGCCCCGUGUCGACUUCACCCGCUGCUGCCAGCCAGACACGCUGUUGGCAUGGCAACCAUUCAACCUUCCCCAGCGGGCUCCGGUAAAGAAGAAUGUGUACAACUGAGAUAAUGGAUGCGUCUAUUUCGGGAGUUACAUACAGUAGGGCUGGGGGGGAAAUCAUUUUGCAAUGCAGUCUGCUGAAAAUGACGGAAAGUGCCACUCGACAUUGCAACAGGCGCUGUGGUCAAAGUCGGAAUUGCACUCUACCGCCAUCUGGCGGCUACAAUUAGUCACGUUUUACGACAAAUGUGGCCGUAUCAUCCAUCCAUUUUCUACCGGAGCCUAUCUCAGCUGCGUUUCGGGCGGAAGGCGGUGUACAACCUGGACAAGUCGCCACCUCAUCGAAGGGCCAACAUAGAUCGACAGACAACAUUCACACACUAGGGAUCAUUUAGUGUUGCCAAUUGUGAAGAGGCGGAGCCGGCAGUCCGACAGCAAGGCGGGGCACACCUUAGCCCAGCCCAAGAUGGCGGCGAGGAGGCGUAACCGGGAGUCCGAUAGCGAGGCAGGGCAUGCCAGAGCCCGGCCAAAGAUGGCGGCGGGGAGGCGUGGACGGCGAGCAAGCAGCGAGGUGGGGCGCCACAAUCAAGAUCAGGUGCGUGGACCGCGCACCCGGGGAUAAUUGAGUAAUCCUCUUGCACUGUAUAAAAGGGCGACAGCCGUGAACGUCGGAGGGAGAGGCGGAGAGACGAGAAGGGGCCAGAGGGAAGGUGACGCUCGGAGAGAGAGAGAGAGACGGAGAGCGCGAGAGAGGCGACGACACACGAAGCAGAAAGGCAAGCGGCUGACGGAGCAGCUGAAAAGCAGUUUUUAUUAAAAAAAAGAAGUCUAAACGUGCCGCCGCUAUGUCCUUCCUUGACGGUCCUUGGAACCCGCACCACGGUUUAAGAAGUCUGUCACACCUAUCAACCUAUCCUCAGGUGCAUGUCUUUUGAGGUGGGAGGAGCCUAUCCCCAGGUGCAUAUCUUUGGAGGUGGGAGGAGCCUAUCCCCAGGUGCAUGUCUUUGGAGGUGGGAGGGGCCUAUCCCCAAGUGCAUGUCUUUGGAGGUGGGAGGGGCCUAUCCCUAGGUGCAUGUCUUUGGAGGUGGGAGGAGCUUAUCCCCAGGUGCAUGCCUUUGGAGGUGGGAGGGGCCUAUCCCCAGGUGCAUGUCUUUGGAAGUGGGAGGGGCCUAUCCCCAUGUGCAUGUCUUUGGAGGUGGGAGGGGCCUAUCCUCAAGUGCAUGUCUUUGGAGGUGGGAGGAGCCUAUCCCCAGGCGCAUGCCUUUGGAGGUGGGAGGGGCCUAUCCCCAGGUGCAUGUCAUUGGAGGUGGGAGGAGCCUAUCCCCAGGUGCAUGUCUUUGGAGGUGGGAGGGGCUUAUCCCCAGGCGCAUGUGUUUGGAAGUGGGAGGGGCCUAUCUCCACGUGCAUGUCUUUGGAGGUGGGAGGAGCCUAUCCCCAGGUGCAUGUCUUUGGAGGUGGGAGGGGCCUAUCCCCCGGUGCAUGUCUUUGGAGGUGGGAGGGGCCUAUCCCCAGGUGCAUGUCUUUGGAAGUGGGAGGGGCCUAUCUCCAGGUGCAUGUCUUUGGAGGUGGGAGGAGCCUAUCCCCAGGUGCAUGGCUUUGGAGGUGGGAGGGGCCUAUCCCCAGGUGCAUGUCUUUGGAGGUGGGAGGGGCCUAUCCCCAGGUGCAUGUCUUUGGAAGUGGGAGGGACCUAUCCCCAGGUGCAUGUCUUUGGAGGUGGGAGGGGCCUAUCCCCAGGUGCAUGUCUUUGGAAGUGGGAGGGGCCUAUCUCCAGGUGCAUGUCUUUGGAGGUGGGAGGAGCCUAUCCCCAGGUGCAUGGCUUUGGAGGUGGGAGGGGCCUAUCCCCAGGUGCAUGUCUUUGGAGGUGGGAGGGGCCUAUCCCCAGGUGCAUGUCUUUGGAAGUGGGAGGGACCUAUCCCCAGGUGCAUGUCUUUGGAGGUGGGAGGGGCCUAUCCCCAGGUGCAUGUCUUUGGAGGUGGGAGGGGCCUAUCCCCAAGUGCAUGUCUUUGGAGGUGGGAGGGGCCUAUCCCCAGGUGCAUGUCUUUGGAGGUGGGAGGGAGCCUGAGUACUCGGAGACAACCCACGCAGUCACGGGGAGAACAUGCAAAUUCUGCACAAAAAGAUCCCGAGCCCGGGAUCGAACUCAAGACCUUCGUAUUGUGAGGCAAAAACACCAACCCCUCUACCACCGUGCUAGCCCUCGGCCGUGUCAAUCAAACUUCAUUUAUAAAGCGCUUUCGAUAUAUUGUUUCCAAAUACACAGGACAAGAUGUUCAGAUCCUCCUCUCUGUGCUGCCACCUUGUGGUGGUCGAGGAGUUUGCGUGUCCCAAUGAUCCUAGGAGUUAUGUUGUCUGGGGGCUUUAUGCUCCCUGGUAGGGUCUCCCAAGAUAAACCGGUCCUAGGUGAGGGAUCAGACAAAGAUCAGACCUCGAAGACCUCUCUAAAGAACAGACACAGGACCCAGAUUUCGCUCGCCCGGACACGGACCACCGGGAACCCCCUCUGGAGCCAGGCCCGGAGUUGGGGCCUGGUGGGUCCGGGCCUGUUCCCAUUGGGCCUGAAGAGGCAACAUGGGUCCCCCCUCCAAUGGACUCACCACCCAUAGCAAGGGCCAUAGAGGUCGGGCGCUAUGUGAGCUGGGCGGCAGGCGAGGUCAGAUCCUCGGCUACAGAAGCUAGCUCUUGAGACGUGGAAUGUCACCUCGCUGGGGGGGAAGGAGCCUGAGCUAGAGCGCGAGGUAGAGACAUUCCGGCUGGAUAUAGUCGGACUCACUAGGACGUACAGCAAGGGACUGGACUCUCUUCCACUCUGGCGGUGCUAGCAGUGAGAGGCAACGGGCUGGGGUGGCGAUUCUUGUUGCACCCCCGGCUCAAAGCCUGCACGUUGGAGUUCAAGCUGGUAGCCUCCCUCCGCCGGCGGGUGGGGGGGCGUGUCCUGACUGUUGUUUGCGCUUACACGCCAACUGGAAGCUCAGAGUACUCACCCUUUUUGGAUUGACUCGAGGAGUACUGGAGAGUGCUCCCCCACCUGAUUCCCUCGGACUUCUGUAACGAUCCGUCACUUCAUAAGGGCCCGCAUGGCCCAUUGCCAAAGGACUCCCACCAGUCCUUUGGCAAUGGCCAAAGGACCUAUUGUUUUUCUUGCGUUUUAUUAUUAUUCUUUAUUUAUUAUUAUUCCGACGCCUCUUUGAACUGUAAUUUGACCCCCUGAACAUGCUUCAAAACUCACCAAAUUUCACACACUCAUCAGAACUGGCAAAAAUUGCCAUCAAAUAAAAAAAAAAAAAAACCCAAAAAUCAAAAAUGCGCUCUAGCGCCUCCUAGGAAAAAAAAAAA